AUGAUUACUGACCCUUCACAGCACGCGGCAGUAGGUUCGCAGGCUGUCCGCAACUACCGAUCGUUCCAAGCGGACGAGUCUAAAAUUCUGAUCAAAGACUUGAUGGAGAACCCAGACGACUUCGAGCUCUCUGUUGAGCGUUACUCCAUCUCAACAACCUCCAUUAUUGGAUGGGGCCGCAGAAUCGACAGAAAAAAUGACUACGUCGCUGUGCAAUCUUUGAAGAUGAUGGAGACAGUCAACUUAGUUGUGCCCGGUGUGUAUAUCCUCGAGACGCUUCCUUUCCUUGCGAAACUACCUUCCUGGUUGUACAGCUUCCCAAAGGUUCUCCGCAUGAGCUCCGCGAUUGCGGCGAGAUAUUUCUACAUGCUUACGCAAGAAAGCGUGAUGAACAAGAAUAAAGCUUUCAACAAAUUCAUGUUGGAUUCUCAGGUGAAGCAUCAACUGACCGAUGUCGAAGUUGCUGGAUUGAUGGCCAACCUGAUCGGCGGCGGUGUUGACACCACAUCCAGCACAAUGCUGAGCUGUAUUUUAGCCAUGGCUUGCUUCCCAGAAGUGCAGAAAAAGGCCCAGGAGGAGAUGGAUGAAGUUGUCGGCCACAACAGGUCUGUCUCAUGGGUUGAUAUUGACAAUGGUCGGUUGCCAUACCUGACAGCUCUUGUCAAAGAAGUUCUCCGUUGGAGGACAGUUACUGUGUUGGCAGGCAUCCCACAUGCAAAUAUCAAGGAUGUUGAGUAUCGUGGCUAUCACUUCCCAGCUGGUACUAACAUCACCGGAAACAUGUGGGCCAUUCACCGCAACCCCAGAGACUUUCCUGAUCCCGACAAUUUCAUGCCCGAGAGAUUUUUGAACGGAUUGGAGAAACCGUAUCCGAACGCGAGAGGAAGCAACCCCUUUGGCUGGGGCCGAAGGCAGUGCAGCGGCCAGCCUCUUGCUGAGCAAGGCUUGCUUUAUUCCCUCGGUCGGAUGAUUUGGGCCUUCAACAUCAAACCAGGUUUAGAUGAUCAGGGGAUGGAGGCGAAGCUCGACAUCUUUGCUUAUACGGAGAGCGAAAACACCCGUCCAGAACCAUUCAAAGCUCAAUUCAUUCCACGUUCUGAUACAAUUCGUGAGAUUAUGUUAUCUGAGGCCUCAGAGGCCAGGGAGGCUUUGCGAAUCUACGAUGGAGAGACCAAGCUCACAAUGGAAGACGCCGUAUCAAAUCCCGCCAUGCAUUGA